AUGGGUAGUGAUUUUCCUCCGAUUCAUUUUUUCAAGAUAAUAGUUAGCGAAAGUCUUGAUCAAGGAAAGCUUAUGAUACCAAGAAAGUUUGUGAAGAAAUAUGGAGAAUAUCUUCCAAAAGCUAUAUGCCUAAAGACUCCCAAUGGUGCAGAUUGGAAACUAAGAGCCCUAAGUUUGGUAAAAAGUGAUGGCAAGAUAUGGUUUGAAAAUGGUUGGAAAGAAUUUGUAGACUAUCAUUCUCUAUCUCAUGGCCAUCUUCUUGUUUUCAAAUAUGAAAAAACUACCCAUUUUGAGGUAACAAUCUUUGCUAAGAGUGGUUUAGAGAUAAGCUAUCCUUUCAAAAGAGUUGAAGUCAACAAUGAAAAAGAUUGUAGAGCAAGUCAAAAGAGAAAAGCAUACUCCUCCUUUGAAAUUGGAGGCACUAGUUAUGUCAAAAAGCGCAAAGGAAAACAUGUGAAUGCAACACUUGAAAGAGCAAAAUCAUUAAAAACAUGUAAUCCAUUCUUUGUUCUUGUCAUGCAUGCUUCAUACAUUGAACACCAUUCUGGUUUGAAUAUACCUUCUGAAUUUGGUAGGAAACACUUUGAUUUGGAUAAGAAGAAGGGAGAAAUUUAUUUUCAGGUGUUGGAUAAUGAUAGAGUCUGGUCUGCAAAGUACUCAAUCGGGAUGAAAUUGGACACUACACAAGUAAGAUUUCAACUCUCAAGGAAAUGGAGGGAAUUUGUAAAAGACAAUAACUUAAAAGUUGGUGAUGUUUGCAACUUUGAGCUCAUUCAUAAAACUAAUAUGACUUUUCAAGUUCACAUUGUUAGAAAGACUGAUGAAGUGAACGUCAACGUCUCAUAG